CUUUUAUUUUAAGUAAAAAUGAAUUAAUUAAUGGGAUUACCUAUUGGAGGAUAAUAAUAGCAAAAUGCUCAGCCAAAUACUAUUGCAGUCAAUGUUACUGUAAUAAUGCCAACAGGUGAUGUGCAAUUAUAAAUAUAAAUUGAUCCUGAUAUACCUUUUAAUGGCUUUGUAAAGGGGCUUUCAGAACAAAUAUUUGCUCAAAGAAUGCAAGCGUAAUAUGAGGAUACAAUAGAGUAUUUAUUAGGUGGAGCCAAUAUCUAAUCAAAUGAAAUGAGAACUUUGAGCCAAUUAGGAUUUGAAAAUUAAUGUAGACUUUAAGUCAGACUUAAACUCAAGGGUGGAUGACUAUGAUAC